GCGUCUGUCCCUCUUGUGCGCUGAGUGUGUAUGUGUGUAUGUGUGCAUGUGUGAGAGAGAGAGAGAGAGAGAGAGAGAGCGCGCGCGCGCGUGUGUGUGUACACGUGUGUGUGUACGUGUGUGUGAGAGUGAGUGUGUAUGUGUGCGUGUAUGUGUGGAAUCGGGUUGCUUGGCAAACAAGUUUACAAACAUUUAUCUACAAGUCGGGGUCUGGCAGGAGUUUCAUCCCAGAGGCAGCAUCCGGUUCCCCCAGGUGUUGUAAGGCCACUGGGAUUAAUGAGGAGAAGACGACACUGUGCUUUCCUGCUUCACUCCUCACAAUCCUGAUGCGAUAGUCUAAUUCGUUUGUUCCAGAAGAGUUCCCAUGACCUUUCCAGGUGGUCAGGAGCUGAGAUCAUGUGUUUCCUGUAUAAAAAAAAGUUGGUUUUCUCCUUCCUGUUUUUGUUUGUCGUGCUUGGGUCCUACAUUAUGCAUUCAAACGUGAAGAUUUUGCCGUGGCCAAAAGACCAAACGAUUACCCCCAAUCUCCCCAGCUCUGUGGCUGAAAGUGCGCGUCACACAACCAGAUCUCCAGAGGAUCCACCAAAAACAACCAAGCCCACAGCCAAGCCUACAGCCAAACCCACAGAACCAGACUCCUCUGGAGACAAAUACGCCAGUGAUGACGAUAUACCCCAAUCUAGCUGCACAAGCAGUAUUCGGAAAACGGUGCUGCAGACUGCCUUUGGUGAGAGGUUCUUGGCCAAUGUGCCAGUUCUGCAGUGGGCGAAGCAUGUCUCCAAGCAAGAAUACGAGCGCUUACGCCGCUAUUAUGGCGCUCAAGGGUGGGGUAGCGUCGAUUUCAAAGUUCUCCAGAAUUCACUGGCCAUAUUAAACACCUCCGCUAAUAGGCUGAUGUUUGACGACUGGGAGAAAAGGCAGAACAGAUCCCAGUGUAUCCGGUGUGCUGUGGUAGGAAAUGGGGGAAUCCUGAAAGGGUCCAAGAAAGGCCGGGAGAUUGACGAGAACGACUAUGUGUUUAGGACAAAUGGUGCAGUUAUUAAAGGCUUUGAGGAGGAUAUUGGCUCACGUACCUCGUUCUACACCUUCUCCACGAACACCUUACAGAACUCUUUGAUAAGUUAUGCAGACUUGGGGUUUAAUGCCCCCCCCAGGAGCAAGGAGACCAAGUACAUUUUCCUUCCUGAUCAUGACCGGGACUAUAUUCUCAUGAGGGCUGCAGUCAUGCACACACCAGUCAAGACAGGAUCUGACCAGGGUGUUGAGCCAGCGCAGUAUUUUGGAGAUGACAUGGCUGUAGAGAAGUUUAAAAUGUACCACCCUGAUUUCAUCCGUUACCUCACAAACAGGUUUCUGCGUUCAGACACACUCGAUACCAUUUAUAAAAAUAUCUACAGGCCGUCCACAGGAGCAGUGAUGCUGCUGGCCGCUUUUCAUACAUGUGACGAGGUAAACGCCUAUGGCUUUAUGACGCCGGACUACCAGAAUUAUUCAGACCAUUACUACGACAAAACAGUCCAACCAGUACUUUUCUAUGCCAACCAUGACCUGAACAUGGAGCUGAAUCUGUGGCAGCAGCUGCACAAGGCAGGACUCAUAAAGCUCUACAUGCGAACGUGAAUGCGGUGAGCUUACUCGGACCCAAAUGAAAACACAGCAUGUCUGAUCCCUCGCAGGAACUGGGGUGUUGUAUGCUGUAGACAAAAACCUUGUGAUGUUUAUGGCCUCUGGAUUUGGCCUGCCUCAGCUAAAGUGUGUUAAUGAAGAAGACAGUCAUUUCUUUAUUGCCUCAUAUAUCUCUUCAGGAGCUGGGACAGUGUUGGAGUUACAGUGGCAAUAAACUUUAACUCAUUCUGAUAUGUCAGUAUAAGAUGCCUUAAUGCAAAGUGAAAAAAAAUGCCAAGUGUUGGCCUAGUUGAGUGAAUUGAUGUGUGUGUUCAAUGAAGGGAGUACUGUGCAAUGAUGGCUUGUAAUACAGUCCCGGAAGUUUUAACAACCAAAACCAAAGACCAAACAUUUAUGUCGAGAAACAUUUCAAAAACUUGUGUGCCAGUUGCUGUGCAACUUUACACAAUAACCUAAAUAUCAGUGGACAAUGAAGAAUUCUUUUACUACCUCUAAGAAGACAGAAAAAAUACUUGGUAGUAGCGGCUAAGUAGAUUCUCUCAGAAAUAUGCCAAUGAGUGAUUGUGAGUCAAAACAGACUGACACUGAAGUGGUAUUUUGUAAUUUUAUAAAUUAUUAAGGUACUGGGUUUUUCUUGGCAUGUGAUUCAGUUUUUGUAAAUAGUGCAGUUGUCAUUUAAAGUGCUAUUUUGUUCAUUAAAAGGAAAUAAAAAAACUCUAAAAUGCGAGUCACUCAAUAUA